AUGGCUAGUGUAACUUUUGAUAGUGAUGCAAGGCAAGGAAUGCCUAUGCUGAAUGAACACAAUUUUGUUCCAUGGAAGGAACGUUUGAUAGCAUUUCUAGAUGCAAAAGGAGUUUUGGAUGCUGUUGAAAAUCUGAAGCCUACUGGCUCAAGUGAAGAGGAUUUAGCAAAGAUUAAGUUAUGGAAGCUAAAAAAUCACAAUGCCAAGACUAUUAUUUUUAGUCAACUCCAAGAGAAGCAGCUAUCAAUGAUAGAUACUGAGAGUGAUGCGUCUCAAAUUUUAAAGGAUUUAGAGCACAUUUGCAGAGGGAGAACUGAGUCUCCAGUAAGAAAUGCAAAGAUCAAGGACAGUAAUUAUGCGUCUAGGCAAUUUACAAAGUCCAGAGAAAUGGCCAAGAAAGUGGUUUGCUUCAAUUGCAACAAGGAAGGGCACAUUGCAAAGAACUGCAAAGCUCCUAAAACAAGGAAUUCCCAAACCUUUCAGCCAAAAAGGGAGAGGAAAGGGAAAUCUGAAUGCACCUUGCUACUGCAAGAAAGGAAUUUAGCUGUCCAGAAUCGUGAAAAUAAACGUAGUAAGUGGAUUAUUGAUUCUGGGGCGAGCUCACAUUUUUCAUUUGAAAAGGACUAUUUUAAUGAGAUAAAUGAUGAUGAAGGCUCUGAAAUUGAGACUGCAGAUGGCAACAUUGUUAAAGCCAAAGGUGCAGGUUCCAUGGACUUGAAAUUCUAUAUAAACGAUAAAUCUACUAAAACUACAGUAUCUAGAGUCUUGUAUGUACCACAACUGAGCUGCAAUUUACUCAGCGUGUCUACUUUGGACAGAAAAGGUUUCCAGAUUACGUUUGGAAAUGGAGAAUGUAAUGUGACUAAAAAUGGUGAAGUGUUUGUUCAAGCCAAGCUAGUAAAUGGUGUAUAUGAGAUUGAUCUUUCAGAGGAGCAGUCUGCAAAAGUGGCACGUUCCAGCCAGAAGGAUGAGGCGGACCUGGACCUAUGGCACAGAAGGCUUGGACACAGAGACACCAGCCUUAUUCUGGAUCUACAGAGAAAAGAUCUUGUAAAAGGUCUGCAGGUAACACAAAGUAACAGAGUUCCAAGGAAGUGUAUAAGCUGUGUUACUGAAAACUUUCAUUUCCACGUUGCACAAAACAGAGAAGCACCAGAGUGCUUGACAUUGUGCACACUGACUUAUGUGGACCUAUGA